UUGGAUUCUCGUUUUUUGCUGCCUCGCGAAGUUGGCAAUGCCAGCGGGGAAAUCGAAGUAGCAGAGCGACGCAUUCGUUUGAUUCAGAGAGGUUCUGCUGCUGCUGCUGCUGCUGCUGCUGCUCCUGCUGCUUCUGCUGCUGCUGCUGCUGCAGCAGAGGAAGAGGGAGAGGAAGAGACAGCAGCAGCAGCUCCUUUGCCUGUGUUUGGAGGCAUGCUAAGGCGGCUUGGAGACACAGAUGAUGAAGAUGAAGAAGAACAAGAAAGCGAUAAUGAAAGAGAUUUAAUACAUUCAAAUGACGUUAGCUUCAUGGUGGCACAGACAGAAACAGAAACUGAGAAACGCCUAGAAGCACUCAACAUCAAGGAAAGUCAUCAACACAGCAGCAGCAGCAGCAGCAGCAGCAGCAGCAGCAGCAGCAGCAGUUGCUUCUGCUGCAGCAGUAGUAACAAGAACGCAGAUGCAGCAGCAGCAGCAACAACAGCAACACCCAGGCAGCUGUAA